GCCGCCCGCCCGCCAUGGCCCGCCUGACGGAGAGCGAGGCGCGCCGGCAGCAGCCGCAGCUCCUGCAGCCGCGGCCCUCGCCGGUGGGCAGCAGCGGGCCCGAGCCCCCCGGGGGGCAGCCCGACGGCACCAAGGACCUGGACGCCAUCAAGCUCUUCGUGGGCCAGAUCCCCCGCAACCUGGACGAGAAGGACCUCAAGCCGCUCUUCGAGCAGUUCGGCCGCAUCUACGAGCUGACGGUGCUGAAGGACCCCUACACCGGCUUGCACAUAAAGGUGGGGGGCUGUGCCUUCCUCACCUACUGUGCCAGGGAUUCCGCCAUCAAAGCGCAGACUGCCCUGCACGAACAGAAGACCCUGCCUGGGAUGGCGCGGCCAAUCCAGGUGAAGCCUGCUGACAGUGAAAGCCGCGGAGGGGACCGGAAGCUGUUUGUGGGGAUGCUGAACAAGCAGCAGUCGGAGGAAGAUGUGCUGCGGCUGUUCCAGCCCUUUGGGGUCAUCGACGAGUGCACUGUGCUCCGCGGGCCCGAUGGCAGCAGCAAAGGCUGUGCCUUCGUGAAGUUCUCCUCUCACACGGAGGCCCAGGCGGCCAUCCAUGCCCUGCAUGGCAGCCAGACCAUGCCGGGCGCCUCCUCCAGCCUGGUGGUCAAGUUCGCCGACACGGACAAGGAGCGGACGCUGCGCCGCAUGCAGCAGAUGGUGGGCCAGCUGGGCAUCCUGACGCCCUCGCUCACGCUGCCCUUCAGCCCUUACAGUGCUUACGCCCAGGCCCUCAUGCAGCAGCAGACGACAGUCCUGUCCACCUCGGGCAGCUACCUGAGCCCCGGCGUGGCCUUCUCACCCUGCCACAUCCAGCAGAUUGGCGCCGUCAGCCUUAACGGGCUGCCCGCCACGCCCAUUGCCCCUGCCUCUGGGCUGCACUCGCCCCCGCUGCUCGGCACUGCCGCUGUGCCCGGCCUGGUGGCACCCAUCACCAACGGCUUUGCAGGGGUCGUGCCCUUUCCUAGUGGGCACCCCGCCCUGGAGACCGUCUAUGCCAAUGGCCUCGUGCCCUACCCAGCUCAGAGCCCCACGGUGGCCGAGACGCUCCACCCUGCCUUUUCCGGAGUCCAGCAGUACACAGCCAUGUACCCCACCGCGGCCAUCACGCCCAUCGCGCACAGCGUGCCCCAGCCGCCGCCCCUCCUGCAGCAGCAGCAGCGAGAAGGUCCCGAAGGCUGUAACCUGUUUAUCUACCACCUCCCCCAGGAGUUUGGAGACACGGAGCUGACGCAGAUGUUCCUGCCCUUCGGCAAUAUCAUCUCCUCCAAGGUGUUUAUGGACCGAGCCACCAACCAGAGCAAGUGUUUCGGCUUCGUGAGCUUUGACAACCCGGGCAGCGCGCAGACCGCCAUCCAGGCCAUGAACGGCUUUCAGAUCGGCAUGAAGAGACUCAAAGUGCAGCUGAAGCGGCCCAAAGACCCCGGACACCCCUACUGACCGCGCCCACCGCCGCCCUGAGGCUGCGGGUCUGGCCCAGAGGCCGCCGGAAGGAUCUAACCAGGAGCCCAAGUGGGAGCCGGUCACCCAAAAAGCUCUCAAUAACUCGUUCUGAUUUUUUUUUUUUAUCAUCAUCGUCAUCACCCAAUAUCCUCCUCUCCUGGGGUUUGGCACGAAGUGGGUGCCCAGUUAGAGGCCGCUGGUACUUUUCAGGCCACACCGGGUCAACCUUCAGAGACACGAGCGUUUUUCAUUGCAUGAUUCGUGCAUCCUGAGAAUGCACCUAUGGACUCUCCCCCAAAUGGAAGCAAAAACGAGAGCCACCGCUUUGCAGUCUGCACACUUUUGACGCUCAACCAGCAAAUCCUUACUGAGCAUCUACGGUGUUGGGCCAGGGAUGGGUCCCUGUGUCUGGGGACGCCGUGGAAAAUCAACGGAGCCAGGGAGAAAUUGUUGCACCUUCCUGGAGCUCAAACUGCAGGGGAGGGAAGACAGAAAACUAGCAUCGGUGUUUGUCCCCUGUUUUCUAGAGGAGCAAACAGGGUCAGCAACUUAAGUCACUCGAAGCCAGGUGUGUCGGCCUCCAAACCUGGGACCCUGUUCUUUCUGAAAAGAUGGGGGGCUCGUGGCUUCCCAGACCCCGGCCCGGCUGGGGCAGGGGUGGGCAGGGAUGGGGUGGCCUCUGCCUGAGCACCCCGCCAUCCCUGCUCCCCUAAUGCCCUUCCCUUCUCUACCAGGGUUUCCCGCUUCCAACCGAUCCAGGAAUUUUCCAUAAAUUUCAUCCGUGUUUGGACACCAGCCCUUCCCCCACUUUCCCCUUGCCCCCCACCCCAAAAUGCAAAACAGUACCGAAGUCCACCUCAAGUGGGAAGUGGGCUAUGUGAGCUGCCCUGUUGAGGGGUAGGUGGGGGGCUGAGGGGUUCACCACCAUCACCCCCCUCCCAACCUUGGCAGCCCCCCAACAAAACGCCACUUUUCCUAUAUAUAUAUAUGCAUAUAUAUAUAGAGCUAUAUACAGUAUAUAUAUUUUUUGAGUAUGAAUCAUGGGACCAAACUUUUCCGACUUCCUUCCAUCCGAGAGGGGGUGACCCUGGGCUGCUCACAUGGUGGGGACAUAGGAGAGGCUGCGACCCCAGCCCGGUGCCCUCCCCCCAUACCCCCACCCCACUUCCCUGUUGGCACGUCGAACCAGGGCUCUGGAGAAGCCCGGAAAAUCCAAAUACGAUAUACCUCCAGGACUUCAGCCCCUGCCACCGACGACCCACGCGAGCCGUGGGACUCGGCCAGCUUGCGUGUUCCCCAUCCCAGCUGCAGCUUCCAGAACCUUCUCUACCCCCCACGGCCAUACCUUCCCCCGGAUGGAUGUAGGCACAAAACAUUUAAAAAGACCCUCUGGCUUCCCCCAGCCCAUCUCCAGCCCACCCGCCUCCCCGUCAUAGCCUUACUUGUGUGACCAGUAGCCCUUAGCUUUGCGUCGGGGGCAGACAGGAUUGGGGGGCAGCCCCCCCACCCCCGGCCCUCACUGCCCCUCACCAAGGGCAGACGUCAUCUUCCCUGCCUUGGAAUCACCAGCCUCGAAUUUAAGGUCUGAUGACCAGAAUCGCCAAGCGUGUUGGGCGAACCCAACCUGUACUGGCUGAACCCCAUUUUCAGAGACAGUAAACCUCGAUACCUCUUCAGAUAUUAUUAUUAUUAUUAUUUUUUUUUUUUUUUGGUCUUUCUGAGCAGGAACAAAGAAGAAAACAGAAGGACAAAAAAAGGGAAAAAAAGUUCAAAUGACAAUGGAUGUUUGUUUCCUAGUUGGGGGGAGGGAGUGUAUUUGUGGGGUGCCGCUGUCUGCCCAAACUGUGGUAACCCGCCUCGAAGCACAGAGUCAAGUUCUUUUGAUGUCCCCGUCGGGCCUCUUUGCCAAAGGAGGCGCCAGAUGAUUUAAUAAGCUCAAAAAGAAAAAAAAAAAAAAUUUAAACACACACACAAACACACAAAAAAAACAAAAACAGCAGUCCCUUUUGUUUCUGCCAAAAUGUGUUGACUGACCCGUAAAAAAAAAAAAAAAAAUAUGAAAAAAGAAAAAAAAAGGAAAAAGAAAAAAAAAAUUCUUCCAACCAACUCGUUUCGAUAUUCCAGAGUUUGAUAAUUGUUCCAAGACACUCCUAUUUGCGUGCGUGGGUCCGUAAGUCUGCGUGCGUGCAUGUGCCAAGGGGCUCCGUUUAGCCCCCCAUCUGGUCCACUCGAGAGCGUGUGCUGCUAUGGAAUUUGGAGUUUUUCUGGUCCAUGUUUACUGGCUGUAAAUAUCAUUUUUAUACUCCACGUCGAAAACCUGCGUGAUUUGUACAAUGUACUUUAUUUCUGCUACGAGUCAAUUUCAUGACGUUUCAACUUGCAAACCGGAUUUCAGACACACGCACUCACACAAACACACACGAGAAAGAAGAAAAAAAAAAAGAAGAAGAGGACUUGGAGGGAACGUGGGGGUUGACUUGGUUUGAAUUUCGUGUCCAGGAAGAUUUCCUGGGACCGGAGAAAUUCUUGUCACUGUUGUGUGCUUCUCGCUGUUGUGAGAAGUAUCUUAAUGUCCAAAAUGCCUCUCUUUGGUCUGAAGACACCGAAAGUUUAUUUAAUAAAAGUUUUACUUGCUAAA